GUUCACGCGUGUGUGCACGCGGUCCGGCUACGGGUACGUUUGCUAGUGUCAGAGAUCCGUGCGCAGGUGUGUGCGUGUGUAUGUCCAUCAUGAGUCAGAGCAGCCAUGGUCGGUCUGUGUUUCGUAAUUAAUUCUCUUCGUUGACGAGAAAAAUGCGAGUCUAGCCCCCGGGAGCACGAUACCUGCACGUUCCCGGGCCGCGCUUGUCCGCAGAGGACAUGCUCGUUGUGCCCGGUAAAUCGCGCAUCUUUCAUCAUUCUUCACCUCCCGCUCACGGCUCUGCUUUGCUCUUGUAUCUACCGUGUGCGGUGCGUCCGAGUGUUUUCGCGUGUGUUUCGCUUCUCUUGUUUCUCACGAUAGACGACGUCUCUCCCGUAACCCGGUUCUCUUCUAUCCCGGGGCUCUCGUCUGUCUUUCCUCCGUUGGAGCAGAAUAGCACGGGAAGGAAAGGUGGUGCGGUUCGUGGCAGCGUUUUUCAGCUUCCGUGGACCACGGUCACGAAUGCCCUUCGUGGAUACUCCGAUAUCGGUCUUUCCACGGUGACGAUCGAACCUUCACGGGAAAGAAUGGACUGCGAAUGCAUCGGCGGUCUUGCUGAUCGGACUCGCCUUUUAUUUGCUGUUUUAUUCUGCGAAUAAAACGGCUCGAGUCAGGUAACUUAAAUCUUUGGGUGAAACUAUUGUGGGAGAAUCAUGGAUCAAAACAGGAACAGACCCAGUAGACCCCGUCUUCGGAAUCAUGGCAAUUCUGCCAGGGCCCUUGUAUUCGAUCAAACCGAAAGCGAGGAAUCCGUUGGUAGUGCCGAAGCUGAUGUACAAAAGCGUCCAAUACCGUUCAAAAUGGAAAGCAAAGAGGCUCCAGUCCGACCUGUAAGCGGAGAGCUGUCGAAUUUGGUUCGAAUGAGGAACUCUGCUAUUGGGAAGUCUGCGCCUUCUUUGUCUGUUCAUGUGCGUGAUUUUAACAUUCCUAGGCGGGCUGCCAAAGCAGCUCAUCGUAAAUCUUUCAUUGCAACAACAUCUCCUACUUUACCACGUUGUCAUUCACCACUGUCAGGCAGUCCCCUAGAGAGUCCUAGGAUGUCAUCCAGUCCACAUUUUGCUUUUGCUCCAAUUAAAAGGAUUGGCGGAGGUGGUACGGGUACUGGAGAUGGAAGAAGAUGGUCGGUUGCUAGUUUACCAUCGAGUGGAUAUGGAACGACACCCGGCUCCAGUAAUGUUUCGUCACGAUACUCGAGUCAAGAACGCCUGCAUCAACUUCCAAAUGUUCCAACCAAGGACGAAUUACGUAUGCUUUCCUGUCAUUUCUCUAAACCUGGAACACCUAUUUCGAUCCACCCGGGAUUUCCAGGUUCCAGUAUUUCCAGCAUACCGGGGACCGUGUCUCUCAGUCUUGACGAGGAAGGUCGUAGAUCACCUUUACACAGACCACGUUCUCGAAGUUUAAGUAGUCCUAGUCGGUCUCCCGUGUUGGAUAGUGAAAUCGUAAUGAUGAACACCCUCUACAAAGAACGGUUUCCAAAGGCAACACAACAAAUGGAAGAACGUCUGACUAACUUUAUCAAUGAGAAUAAGGAUCUGGAUGAGUAUGAAGUAAUGGCAAACAUGACACAAGACUCGUUGCCAAUUCUACGGUUCGUUCAUCAUCAAGUAAUCGAAAUGGCGAGGGAUUGUUUGUUAAAGUCUCAGGAGAAGUUAAUCACAACUAGAUAUUUUUAUGAAAUGAGCGAGAAUCUUGAACAUUUGUUAAUGGAGACUAAAGAAAAGUCACUUGAAGCUGCGACCAGACUGACCGGACUUAUUAAAAAACUGCUGCUGGUAAUAUCGCGUCCGGCUCGUCUACUGGAAUGUUUAGAGUUUGAUCCGGAAGAGUUUUAUCAUUUAUUAGAGCAGGCCGAAGGUCAAGCGAAAAUUAAUGCUGGGAUUAAAACAGAUAUACCUCAGUAUAUUAUUACUAAGCUUUCUCUAAACAGAGAUCCGAUAUCCGAGCUUCAGGAAGAUUUAAAUAAAUUAGAGGAUUCGGCAAGUUCGAGCGACAGUAACUUGCAGAUUACUUCGAGUCCGAACAAGGACGACGAGAAAUCUCAACGGAUACCGUGCGAAAGCGAUUACGAAGUAUUGAAAUUAAUUAGUAACGGUGCAUAUGGCGCUGUUUAUUUGGUAAAAGAGAAAACCACGCGGCAAAGGUUCGCCAUGAAAAAGAUAAAUAAGAACAAUUUAAUGCUGCGCAAUCAAGUGGAACAAGUGUUCGCCGAGAGAGACAUAAUGAGCUUUACAGACAAUCCUUUUGUAGUAUCUAUGUAUUGCAGUUUCGAAACUAAGAAACAUUUAUGCUUGGUGAUGGAGUAUGUGGAGGGUGGAGACUGCGCGAAUCUACUGAAAAAUAUCGGUCCACUACCGCCGGAUAUGGCACGGUUUUAUUUUGCGGAGACUGUGUUAGCUGUUGAAUACUUGCACAGCUACGGCAUCGUUCAUAGAGAUUUGAAGCCAGACAAUUUACUCAUUACUGCGCUUGGUCACAUCAAGCUAACAGACUUCGGUCUAAGUAAAAUGGGUCUUAUGUCCUUGGCAACGAAUCUUUAUGAAGGGUACAUUGAUAGGGAUACGAGACAGUUUUCAGAUAAGCAAGUAUUUGGUACCCCUGAAUAUAUUGCACCUGAGGUUAUUUUGCGUCAGGGGUACGGCAAACCCGUUGACUGGUGGUCUAUGGGCAUUAUCUUAUACGAAUUUCUGAUUGGCUGUGUUCCGUUCUUCGGUGAUACACCUGAAGAAUUGUUUGCUCAUACAGUUAAUGACGAUAUCGAGUGGCCCGACGACGAUGAUUGGCCCGUCCAAGUGGAAGCUAAAGAUAUUAUAACAGCGUUGCUACAACAAAGUCCUAGAGAUAGAUUAGGAACCGGUGGAUCACACGAAGUCAAAGAGCAUCCGUAUUUCUUUGGGGUAAACUGGAACAGUUUGCUCAGACAGAAGGCUGAAUUUGUACCGCAGUUGGUCAACGACGAAGACACAAGUUACUUUGAUACUCGUAUGGACAGAUACAAUCAUGACAUCGGCGACGACACCGAUGACACCGAUGAUUCUCCCCUCUUCGGAUCGUUCUCCUCGUAUUCUCCUCAAUCACGAAAGAUUUCUCAAACCCGUCCGCCUCAAAUCAAUUCGGAGACAGAGUCAGACGUCUCGAAGAAACAAUUAUUCCGUACCGAGCUCGAACGCACAGUUGCUCAAUUGUCACUAGCAUCUGGGACUGUCGUCACACCGCCAUCCAAGUUAACCGACUUGGUCUCUUUAGAGAAGAACAGGCCGUCUUCAUUCGUUAAGGGUGGCGCAAGCAUGGAGACACCGCCAAAGGCAGACAGAUCAAAUACGUCGUUCACUAGUCCCGCUACGGUGACCAGCGGUGAAUCUCAAUUAACUGUUAUCAAGAACAGUCAGAUAGAAGGAGCAUCGAUCAACUUGAGCACUCCUGAUUCGUCCCAAACGGAGUCGGAGGAUAUCAGUCCGCAGAUCCAGAGAAAGAGACAUGUGCACUCCCGCGACAAGCUGCCCAGGUUCAGUAUAUCCGUUGAUGAUGACCACAUGUUGGACUUAGUUGCUGCAAACAGAGAUACCACCGAGGAAAGUAAGCACAAUUCCAGCACGGAUUCUUUUGAAUCGUUCAGCGCGAUGCCAAUCAUACCAUCGAUGAAACAAAAGUCACGGUCUGUGAUCAAAUCUGCUUCUACCAGUGGACUGUCACUGGUAAUACCCACCAGUGACUUUUCUUAUGAUGCAUCUUUAAAUACUCAACCAAUCGAAUCUCCUGGCGGAUCGUCCACUGCUUCUUCGAGAGACACGUCACCCUGUCGUGAACUGAGUCCUCUUGUCACCAGCUUGAAACCUCCUACUAUUAUUCGAAGAGGACCGUGCGGCUUUGGGUUUACUGUGCACACUAUCAGAGUCUACUACGGGGACAGUGAUUUUUACACUAUGCAUCAUUUAGUCAUGGCCGUGGAUCAGUCUAGUCCGGCGUUCGAAGCUGGCUUGAGACCAGGUGACCUCAUCACUCACAUAAACGGUGAACCGGUACAGGGUUUAUAUCACAUUCAAGUUCUCCAAUUGAUGCUGAGUGGCGGCGAUCACGUGACGCUUCGCAGCACGCCGCUGGAGAACACCAGCAUUAAAACUGGCGGACGGAAAAGGGACCUUGCCCAAAGCAAAAUGGCGCGUAGAACACUGCAUAAACAGCGGAAACAAAAGCGUGAUCAUUCCGAUAAGAAACGGAAAACGUCCCUAUUUAAGCGAAUUAGUUCAAAACGAGCUAGCGUAGAAAUGCAACAGCCAUUAACUAUCAGUUGUCCAUUGUCAGCACCCAUUCUAUCCAGCGACAGCAAACCUCCACUUAUGAUGGCCGCAGGAAUCUGUUCGCCGUCCAUGGUGACCCCCAGCCGGUCCUUCCAGUCGUUCACACGUUCUCAGGAGACCUCGCCGUAUUUUGCAGCUUGCGCGAAGUCCGUCUGUAGCCCUUCUCCGCCGACGAAUCGCGUCAGCUCCGAUUCCUACCACUCGACGGCUAACUCGAGUUCUUGUUCAAGCCCAAAUUCCUCGUCCCCGGGCUCGAAUACGUCCGCUGCGAACCUGGCAACCAUUUCGAACCAAUCCCACUACCAGAGACCCAGCACGCUUCACGGUUUGAAGCACAAGUUGCACACGGCGGCAAAAAAUAUUCAUUCACCGAAUCGCAGGAAAUCCGUGGGUCACAUACCGUUGUCUCCGUUGGCCAGAACUCCUAGUCCGUCGCCGCUUCCGGCUAGCCCGACCAGAAGUCCCAGCCCGCUGGCCUUCCCAACUGGGCAUCAGCCUGGUAGUUCCAAUACUACGCAGUCCUACAGUCCAGGUGUCUGUCUGUCAACGCCGAACAACCAGAAGAAAAGCUACGGUCGUCCAAAGUCGGCGGAGCCUGGGUCUCCUCUUCUGAGAAGGGCUCUGAGUCCUGACCGGCUCCACCCACGCUCCGCGGAGAGCAAGACCUCGAUAUCGCCGCUCGCGAACUCAGUGGUGAAAGUAACGCCUCGCGUGACCAUAGCUCAAACCUCACACUCGGAGACCGCCGAGGAGAGCGGGAAUAACUUUAAGGACACGAACGACUCGAAGACCGAGAAGAAAGCAUCGAACGAGCAGAAGUCCGAUUACUCGAAACUGUCCCACGCGAUAUCGAUCAAUCUGGGGAACGUGAGCAUGUCGAAUUCGUGCGGUAGCACGCAGCUGCCCAGAAUAGCUGAGGAGAAGGACUCGCCGACCGGUUCGAAAGGCGACGAUUACUCGUCGAAAGACGCUUUGCCCUCGGAUAAGAUCGAGAAGGCUAGUGCUUCUGUUGGAAAGUCGACGGAGACGGAGAAGGCUCAGGACUCUAAGGUGAAUCCGGUCUCAAAAGCCACGGAGCAGUCCGCCGGAAAAGUCGAAGAGAGUUUCAAGCUCGUGGAUAAUCUCGCCAACUCGCAACCCCGCGCCACUGUAUCUCAUAAGCAAUCGCAGAGCAACGAGAAAAGUUCACACGCGUCGUCCCAGAAGACUCCGUCGCAAAGCACUGAAAAGGUUACACAGGGUUCUUCGCCGAAAGUAGCGUCGCAGACUAGCGAGAAGAGCACUCAGGCUGCGACGCAGAAGACACCGUCGCAGGGUAGCGAUAAGUGUUCCCAAGCCUCGGCUUCAAAGUCCUCGUCGUCGAGCAGCGACAAAGGUUCGCAGUCGCCCGCUCAGAAGCCUUCGGUGCAGACCAACGAGAGGAUCCCGCAGGUUGCGUCGCAGAAGUCUCAGGCCAGCGAGAAAGGCUCGCAAGGGUCGGCGCAGAAGGCGCAGAGCAGCGAGAAAGGUGCUGGGCACAGGGUAGCGAGCGAGCAGAAGACAAGCGGCAAAAGUUCAGAGGCUAAUCCGGAGGGUAGAAAGAUUUUAAAGAAGCAUAAAGCCGACGCGACCGAGGGCACGUCAAGCUCUUUCGAUGCCGGCGGACCUGGGAAGGAUAAGAAG